GUUUUCAAUCCAACACAGAACAACAACAACAACAAUACGUAUCAGGCGCGCUGGCCUGAACGCGCAAAACUUGAGCCGCCUUCCACUCGCAGUCGAUGCGAUUGGCGAUGAAAUCCGCCGUCUAGAGCCCCGCGUCGACGCAUCCAGACAGCAUGUCUUCCUCCGAUGUCCGUGAUGUCCUCAAUCUGCCCGACGGCGCCGCCGGGGCGCGACCGUCUAAAAAGCAGAAGGUGUCAGCGCCGAGGCCGAGCCUGAAGGGCCUGGCGCGCGAGGUGCACCAGCUUGGUGGCGACAACCCGAUCGCGAUAGUGCCCGAGGUCACGCAGUUCAAGAAGCGACGACUCGCCAGCCGCAAGCCUGCCGCGCGAUGGGAGCUGCGGCCGUUCCGAAACUCGGGCCGCGAGGAUCGUAGCUUGGUCCUGCGGCACUGGAGGCGGAAAGAAACCAAAGAGGGCCAAGAGGAGACACAGCAAGAUGCAGAGCACCAGACGGGGCCCGAGAUGGAAGAUUCCGCCUUUGCCAAGUUCAAUGUCCAAGUCUCCGUCCCUCAGUACAGCGAUGAUCAGUAUCGGCAGUCUCUAAGGAGCGAUGAUUGGUCCAAGGAAGAGACGGACUACCUGAUGGAUCUCGUACGCGAUUACGAUAUCCGCUGGCCCAUCAUUUGGGACAGAUACGAGUGGAACCCGCCGGCGACCAACGGCGAAGCGAAUGCAGACGGUGAUGAAAGCAAAGCCGUAGUGCCCACGGCGAGGUCGCGGACCAUGGAAGACCUCAAGGCGCGAUACUACGAGGUCGCGGCGAAGAUGAUGGCGGCUCAGAAACCCGUCCAAUACAUGACACAGCCAGAGUUCGCACUGCACGAACUAAUGGCCAAUUUUAAUGCGCAGCAAGAGAAGGCCCGCAAAGAUUUUGCCAUACAUUCACUGUCGAGGUCCCGGGAGGAGGCCAGGGAGGAGGAGUCGUUACUCCUAGAGAUCAAGCGGAUUAUGGCAAGGAGUGAGCGCUUCAACGAAGAGCGGAGGGAACUCUACAAUCGUCUGGAUUACCCGCGGGGAGAUGCGGAUAUCAGCUCCCUCAAGUCGUCUGCUGGCUUGCAGGCCCUACUCCAAACUCUGAUGACGGUCGACAAGACAAAGAAGCGAAAGUCCAUCAUGGGCGCGGAUGGGGUCAGCCCAGGAGGUACCACCACGCAGCAGGCUGGCGCACAGGACUCUGCCAAGCGAGAGAGCACUGCUGCUUCAACCGGAAACAACAACCGCGAAUCAAUUGGAGCUGCUGCGACGCCGACCGGAGGCAACAAGAAGGCUGCCCAACAGCAGCAACAGCAGCAGCAACAACAAGCGCCGCCGCAGCAGCAGCAGCAGCAGCCACAAGAGCGGCGCAAGCUUACGUCUCAGGAGGAGGCCAUAUAUGGCGUCACUCGUCACGAUAGGCUCGGGUCCGGACCCUCAUUCAGGACUGAGAAAAUCAACAAGAUGUUCUCGCACAAGUCCAAUCAGCAGCAGAUACGUAUCAACAAUACGCUCAACGAGCUGGACGUCCCGAGCAAACUGGCAAUGCCCACCGCGGCCACAACGCUUCAGUACGAGCAGCUCCUGGCUGCUGUUAAUGGCCUUCUCGACGCACGCAAAGUCUCGGACAAGCUUGAUGCCGAGAUCAAGCUAGAGAGUGCAAAGAAGGCGGAGCGCGAGAAGACGACGGCGCGCACAGGAUCAGGGCCUGACGCUGAGGCGACAAAAACGGAAGCAAACGCAGAAACUGGUGGCAGUGACGAGAAAGCCGCCGAGGGCCCCAAAGAGACCGCAAUAUCUUCCGGCGAUAACGGCAACGGCGAGGAGCAACCUCAGCAGUCAGAUCUAGCGGACAAGGGCGAUGGCGCAAAUGACACACAACCGCUGGCUGACGGCCAAGACGCCGGGCAGGAAGAGCAAGACGAUAAAGCUGAUGAAGGAAAGUCGGGCAGGCCUGGAAGCAGCGGUACAAAUCACAAGCGGAGCGCUAGUGUGCUGAGUGCUGUGAGCGACAAGAGCGCCAAACGACAGAAGAAGUGAAAAAGUACCUCGAAAGUACCUGUACAUAGGCUAGGCCUACGCGCGGGCACCGGGGCCAAGCAUCGUCUCUGGGCGCAUAGCAACAAAGAAAGUCAGUAUCGGCAGAUAGAGAACGACGGGUGUUGGGAACGCCGAGCCCGCGGAGUUAGUUGUCUGGACGAGCGACACUUGUAGGUAGGGGACCCCUGUGGGACUAGCGAGCCUCAUGGGAUGGCAUGUGUACGUAUUAACGCGCCUCUGAACAGACAAAAAUAGAAAUGAAACAA